UUUGUGUUUUUUUUAAAAAAAAGAUAGCUUCCACACAAGAGAUUUUAAAACAACAUGGAAAAUGACAGAGAAAAAAUUUUCUUAACAUCAAAACUUUUGCAAUUGCAAAAAGCAAACGCAUGGUGGAGCAACUGUGCUGGAAUAUGGAGAAAAAGAUGGAUGGUAAUGAGAAAUCAACGUAACCAAUUGCGUGGUGAAAUCAAAAACUUUCGGACUACUCACGACGUUAUUUUGUUAGAGUGCACUAAGUUGAAAGAAGCAAACAAUUCAUUAAAAAAAGAGCUUGAAAAAAUAAAGGUUUUAAAAACAAUAGCGUUUAUAGAAGAGUCUUUUGAAAAUAAAAAAUCUGAAAUAAUGUAUAAUAAACUACAAACUAAUUUGUCAACAGAAAUAUCUCCAAAAAAAGAGCUUUCAAUAGAAUAUGGAAAUGAUUAUAGAAAUAAUCUUAAAUUCCAAAAGAUAAAGACUUUGUUAUUAGCUUACUGCGAUCAGUACAGUUCGAUUAAAAAUGAAAAUGAAAGUUUAAGAACUCUAUGCAGUCAAAUCCUCAAAAUGGUACAUUACCAAGAAAAGCAAAAUAGUCAAACUAGCUUUAAUGUGGCUAACAAAAGCUUAUUGCAACAUGAGAUAAACUUGUUGCAACAUGAGGACAAAAAAUGUCAUAAAUUGUUUCAAAAAGACAAUCUUCGUGACAAUUCAAACAGGUCACAAGAAUGUGCUUUUAACAAAUGGUCACAAAGAGAAAACUCCAAUGAAUGGUUUAAAAGAAAGCAAAGUGAAGAUGAUUCAAUUAAUACGUGGCAAUUGUUUAGCCAAUUUAUUAAAGAAGAAGAAGAAACAUGCAAUGAAAACAUUAAUCAAACAUUCAAUGCAGAAACGUUGAGCACAGAUCAUUUUGAAGAGAUUAAUCAAAACUCAGAUAAGCAAAAUUUCCAAAUGAAAAAACAACAACAAGUUGAAACAGAUAUCCGGCUAUGGAAUUUGACUAAAGCGCUUGAAAAAAUAAUACACCAAAACGAAAGAAUGCAAGAUGAAUUAAAGAUUUGAAACAUUAAAGACGAUAUAAAGAUUUGAAACAUUAAAGACGAUUUAAAGAUUUGAAACAUUAAAGACUUAAACUCUGUGAAUGAAUAAUUAAAACUUUAUUAACUGGUACGGAAAAUAACACCAGUGAGUUCAAUUUACAGUGAAUUUUAAAGCAUAAAACUUUGCUAGGAAACCUUUUCUUUUUUUAGAAUAAAGAAAAAAUAUAUAUUAAAUAUAACAAACAUAUAUUAAUACAACACUUUUAAAUUUGGCUGGUGUCUGCAACAUUCGAUCUUUUUAAAAAAAUAUCUUCUAUUUGGCAAUUAGCCGGGGAAGGAUAAAUCACAAUACCAAAAAAAAUUUUUUUUUUGUUAAAAAUUAAAUAUUAGGGCGUAAGUGAUUAUUUUGGAACCAAAGUUUUAUACACAUAAAACUUUUUAAUCAUAAUGUGAAUGGAUGCGACUAAAAAUCUUCGAUCAUAUGACUGCCUGGAAUCUCAAAAAAAAAGAGAAAACAAUAUUAAUAGAGUGUUUAUAAAUGUUUUUGUGAAAGUUUUUUAUUAAUUUAGUAGAUCAAAUAGAUGAAACAUAGUGCAGUUGCUUUUAA